AACUUCAGCAUCACGAGGGCAAUCAGCCACCCUCGUCCUCUCAAAGCGGACCUUACGCGCACGGAAAGCAAUUUCUGUCACCUAUUUUUCGUUUUCUGUGAAAAGAGCAUUGAUCGUUGACAUUUUGGUUUUAAAGAGUAUCGGUUAUUCCGAGCGGACAACUUUAGGACGCGGCUGUCAAUUCGUAAUGAUGUGUUGGAGUUGUAACUUGGUUUCUAAUUUUUGGGGUAAGUGUUGCUAAAGCAGUGUUCAUGUGCUAAUGUUUUACUCAAAGUUUCAAUAUCAUUUUGUUUCGUAUAAUUCACUCUUUUAAAACAAAAAAAAUCUUUGAUUGAUCCAAUUUUCAUUUUUAAUUUGUAGCAACAAAAAAAAAUUGUUUAAAAAAUUUAUAACCGUCAUCAGUAAAUCUUGCAGACGAUAUUUUGUGCUGUUGGCAAAACACGGAUUUUUGACAAGUUCGGUUCGUUUCUUUUUAAAAGAGCCCGCCUAUCCCCUAAAAGUUCAGUCAAUAAUAUUUGAGACCACAGAUGUUCCCGAAGUAGGCGAGUGAAAGUUCAAAGUAGUUCGGGGGAGGAUUAACAUUAUUUAAUACGCUAGGCCGAUAUGUUAUGUGAUUAUGUUAUUUUAUGGUGCUAUGUUUCUAGUCGAUAGGCAGGAACCUAUCUAUUGGAGGUCAAAAACACUUUGAAUCAGAGAGUAGCAGCGUAUUUAUUGACGGCCACAAACACUUUGAAUCAGAGAGUAGCAGCACAUCUAUUGACGGCCACAAGCAAUCUGAAUCAGAGAGUAACAGCGUAUCUGUCGGCGGUCAAAAACGUUUUGAGUCAGAGUAGCAGUAUAUCUAUUGGCGGCCAUAAACAGAAACAGAGAGUAGCGUAAAAUCUAUUGGUGUCCUCAAAAAAUUGGAAUCAGAGAGCAAAAGCAUAUCUAGUUACGGCGCAAACAAUUUGACAGAGAGUAGCAUAAAAUCUAUUGGUGGCCUCAAAAAAUUUGAAUCAGAGAGUAAUAGCAUAAUAUCUAGUUACGGCCGCAAAAAAAUUGAAUCAGAGAGUAACAGCGUAUCUAUUGGCUGCCACAAACAAUUUGAAUCAGAGAGUAGCAGCGUCUCUAUUUGCGGCCACAAACACAUAGAGUUUAUGUAUAUAAUAAAGGCUAUUUAAAAUUGAGCACUGAAGAGGGCCAAGAAGAGAAUACACUUAUGUUAAAAAUGGGUCCACGAGCAAAGCAAAACUUGAGAAACGCUGGUGUUAAGUUUAAAGGGAUGACCAAUUCGUUGGUGGUAAUAAGAGUUGUCGCCACCUAUUUUUAUUGAAGCAAGGGCGAUGGAUUAGAGACAUGAGUAUGAGAUUAUAAAAAGAUAGUUUAUAGUUUAUAGAUUUGAUUCAAGGGAGAAACAAAAUGGCAUGUGGAUAUGGAUGACAAAAAUGGGAUUGGGUUGGGGGGGGGGGCUGGCAAAGAUGUUAUGGCUCGUUGAUGACACGACUUGUGGAUGUUGUCUUAGGGCUUUCUCAUGGCCGCAAAGGAAAAGCGGCGCCUGAAAAAUGACGCCCCUCCAUGGUUUAAAAAAGGGCCACCCGAGCUGGACCAUUGUGGAGUAUGUGGCAUGUGGCAUGUGGUAUGUGAUAUUUUAUCGUUUCAUCACUAUCAAAUACCUUUCUACAUAUAUUUUAGUGCCAUCCGAUAAUAGUGUCAGGGGCGUGUGCCCCCGUAGCCCCCCAACCGUCCUUAGCAUGGCCCUGCCUCUCUAUAUACCUUGUUGGGUUACACUCUAAAUCUUCUUUUUCUUCUUCUUCUUCUAUAUCUUAAGGGCCCACGAUCAAUUUAUUGAUCAUUUUGGCUCCUAUGCAUGUAGAUGGGAUUUGCAAUGUUUCUGUUACUGGUGUUGAUGAGGAAAUUAUGCACUAGGGGUUUGAAGGCUUGAGGCAAUAGACACAAAUGUGUCUAGUGUUGUCGCCUCAACUGUUCCUUUUGAAAGAUGGUUCCAGUCCAUGAUUGUCUUGGGCAGGAAUGAGCAGCUCCUAUAGUGACUUUUGGCUCAUCCCUUGACCAGCAGUGGUGACAUUUUAGAUUAUAAGUCACAGUUGCGCACUUUCCAUGUUUAAAGAAACAACUCAUAAUUUGGAACAUCUUGUGACUGGCUAAACAGGUUGAAAUUAAAUGACCAGCUGCCUCGGAAUUAAACAUGCUAAUGUAUCAUCUAGCCGUCCUAUUGAAUGACACCACCCAGUCUAGGCGACUCAGUCAACAUGGUCUUCGUGUUGGAUCAAAUGCUACUACAUUUCGACGUGUCUUUGCUAAUGGAAGCGGAAUAGGACAUAUACAUUUUAUCCGCGUUUGGAGUGGAUUACGUUCAACUUGAAACAUCCUAACCACUUCGUCAUGGCCCCCAUAUCACAUGACACGUGGCACUUCAUAAAAUUGUGCGUGUAGCCAGUGUAGGUGACGUUCUGUUUGCUAUGUCAAGUCAGUUGAGUGGCAGAAGAAAUAAAAGAGUUAUGCUUUACAAGAGGUUUCAGUAAAGUGUGAAGAUAAGGCUUGUAAUUUAAUAGGAAACAAUCAGUCAAGAGAGUGUUGGAGAUACAGUGUAACAUGUUAAUAGCGAAACUUGAAAUAGCGCUGUCCCUGGUAUAUGCGCUGACUCGUUCCCGGCAAGACCAGUUACUCUGCAAAACCCCCUUGAAAUAGCGCAAAUCCAGUCAAACGUGAAAUGCACAAGUGUUUCUAAAAUUACAACAAAACAGUUGGUUGUCAGAAGAUUUGGUGCGAGACUGCGAGCACUGUCAAUGAAAAGUGUGUAUCGUGGGUAAAUUCAGAAGAUUUGCUGCGAGACUGCGAGCAUGUAAAUGAACAGUGUGUACCGUGGGUAAAUUCAGAAGAUUUGCUGCGAGAUUGCGAGCAUUGUAAAUGAACAGUGUGUACCGUGGGUACAUUGUUCCAAUGCAGAGGCGUGUCGUGACUAAAUACCGCCCCCAAAUUUAUUCAUAAAAAAUUCAUUCCUUUGCAAAUAUGAAGAACAAAGUUCUCGUCUUCAGCUCAGAUGAUAUAAAAAUAUAUGAUGACGUCGAUGAACAGUAAAAAAAUAAUUAAUUGAACUUUGAAAGGAGAUUAAGGAUGUAUGUUAUGGGGAGAUAAAUGGUUUAUGUUUAUAGGGUAGAUAAGGGUGUAUGUUGUGGGGAGAUUAAUGAUGUAUGUUUAGGGGAGAUUAAGGGUGUAUGUUUAGGGGAGAUUAAUGAUGUAUGUUUAGGGGAGAUUAAUGAUGUAUGUUUGGGGUAGAUUAGGGGUGUAUGUCUAGGGGAGAUUAAUGAUGUAUGUUUAGGGGAGAUUAAUGAUGUAUGUUUAGAGGAGAUUAAUGAUGUAUGUUUAGGGGAGAUUAAUGAUGUAUGUUUAGAGGAGAUUAAUGAUGUAUGUUAAGGGGAGAUUAAUGAUGUAUGUUUGGGGGAGAUUAAGGGUGUAUGUUUAGGGGAGAUUAAUGAUGUAUGUUUAGGGGAGAUUUAGGGUGUAUGUUAGGGGAGAUUUAGGGUGUAUGUUUAGGGGAGAUUAAUGAUGUAUGUUUAGGGGAGAUUUAGGGUGUAUGUUUAGGGGAGAUAAGGGUGUAUGUUUAGGGGAGAUUUGGGGUGUAUGUUUAAGGGAGAUUUAGGGUGUAUGUUUAGGGGAGAUUAAGGGUGUAUGUUUAGGGGAGAUUUAGGGUGUAUGUUGUGAAGAAAUUAUAGCUGUGUGUAGUGAAGAAAAAUGGCUGUGUGUUGUGAAAAUAUUAAGGCUGUGUGUAGUGGAGAAAUUGUGGCUGUGUUGUUGAGACAUUAUGUCUGUGUUGUGAAGAAAUUAUAGCUGUGUGUUGUGGAGAAAUUAUAGCUGUGUGUUGUGGAAAUAUUAUGGCUGUGUUUUGUGGAAACAUUAUGCUUGCAUUUCAUCGUGAGAUGAAGGUCGUGAGUAAUGAACAGCAUGCCGUAGUGUUGUAUUGAAGAGACUCAGCAAUGACGUCAUAGAGACAGUUAAGACUUUAUAAUGUUUACUUGUCUUGUUUUUUGUCUCUUCUUUUGUUUGACCCCCCCCCCCAUGCUCCCUUUAUUUUCUUCGUAUAACGACCACUGAAUGGAGAACUCCUACGAUGUACUCCAUCUUAAACUGUUAGAGCAAACACAGGACUGAACUGUUUGAAGAGACUCAGCAAUGACGUCAUAGAGACAGUUAAGACUUUAUAAUGUUUACUUGUCUUGUUUUUUGUCUCUUCUUUUGUUUGCCCCCCCCCCCCCAUACUCCCUUUAUUUUCUUCGUAUAACGACCACUGAAUGGAGAACUCCUACGAUGUACUCCAUCUUAAACUGUUAGAGCAAACACAGGACUGAACUGUCGUACAAAUUAGCCAUUAUUGGAGCACUUUUGUCAAAUGUCUCCCCCCCCCCGGGGCUUCCCCCGCCCCAAACCCCCUCCCCUCCUUUUUUUUUGUUUGUUUCUUAUUCUCCUUUAUUUCUCUCCUUGCUCAGUCUGAUAAAGAUACUGAUCAGAAAUAUAGCCAGGCCGGUGGAAAACAAUCAGGACCACUAUGUUAGGAAAAUCGAUUAUCGAUAGUGUUUUUUGUAGGAAGGCUAGUUUGUGAACAUUGUUAGGUUCAAUGGAAGAUGUGUGUGCGUGUGUGUGCGUGUGUGUGUGUGUGUGCGCUGUGAGAAAUGAACCAUCGUGACCAGAAAAUAGAACAAUUGUACUACUCUAAUCAUAAUUCGAUUGUAGAUAUUUUAUGAACAGAUAUUUAACCAAAAGUAUCAGUGCCAGUAAUAUUGGUCUUGGAAAAAAUAGAGUCGGCACCACGUUUGGUUAGAAGUGACGCCUUUUCUGAACGUCGCCAAACCCUCCUGCUCCCCCCUUUUUUUCUCCGACUCUGAUUUUAUUUGUGUUAUAAAGCAUCGAUUCUCUUCACGAUAACUUUGUAGUUAUGAAGUCGAUUUCUAUUUAAAUACAAACGUUUCAUUUUUUUUCUGAAUCUUUUUUUAUACUUAAAUAAACAACUCUUUCCACGCUCUAAUACAGAAUCCACACAGAAUCCACAAACCACACAGUAUCCACACAGAAUCCACACACCACACAGAAUCCACACAGAAUCCACACUUCACACAGAGUCCACACUCCGCACAGAAUCCACACUCCUCCCAGAAUGCACAAUCCACAUUCCGGACAAAUGUUAACUCCUACAGGCUUCUUGGAUUGAUUACAUUCUUCAAGUUCUUUUCACACGUUGAAGCGUGGUACUAUUCCCAUUAUCAUUGAACAAACUCAACUCCUUUUCAUAAUAAUUAUAACUUUAAUAUCUAAGUAAAUAUAAUACACAUAACAUGUGAACAUAUCACAGCUCGCCAUCAGACCUAUAUAACACACAUCCUAUCACUCCAAGGUUCCACUCAAGACUGCCGCACGACUAAAACGUACGUCACAACACUGCAUAGACAAUACGUCACGAAUCAAGCAUAAAAAUACGACAUAGAUAAAAUGGCGGGAAGAGCGUUCAAUAACUGUAAGAGUCAAGCGCGGGAAAAGCGUUCAAUAACUAAUGAACAUAAUAUUGAGUCGCAAAAAUUACUAAUGAACGCUCAUACUCGACAACAGACUCUAACUGUUUAACGACGUGAACUUCUUCUCUUGAAAACUGUAUUAUCUGUGUUGCCUUAAAGUAAGAAUGUAGGGCCUAUAUCUACGAGGAUGAAGCUUACAAUAAGAAUGUAGGGCCUAUAUCUACGAGGAUGAAGCCUACAGUAAGAAUGUAGAGUCUAUAUCUACGAGCCUGAAGCUUACAGUAAGAAUGUAGGGCCUAUGUCUACGAGCCUGAAGCAUACAGUAAGAAUGUAGGGCCUAUAUCUACGAGGAUGAAGCCUACAGUAAGAAUGUAGGGCCUAUAUCCACGAGGAUGAAGCUUACAGUAAAAAUGUAGGGCCUAUAUCCACGAGGAUGAAGCUUACAGUAAGAAUGUAGGGCCUAUAUCCACGAGGAUGAAGCUUACAGUAAGAAUGUAGGGCCUAUAUCCACGAGGAUGAAGCUUACAGUAAGAAUGUAAGACUUAUAUCCACGAGGGUGAAGCUUACAGUAAGAAUGUAGGGCCUAUAUCUGCGGGGCUGAAGCUGACAAUAAGAAUGUAGGGCUUAUAAGGUUUGUCGGUUCAAACUAUGAAACUCUUUUCGUAGUCCAUCCUAUCAGUGUCCCUUGCGUCAUUCCUAUCAUCACGAAAGAGGUGACUUGCGUGUGUGGAGCAUUACCCCCAUUCCCUGAGUAUAUUAGUGUUUCUCCCCGAGGCCAAAGUUCACUGUCCAGCUCGUGUCCAUCUUGUUUCGCAGAUGCCAAGCAGUGUGAGUUUGUGUGCCAUCUUCUCUGCCGCCACUUGGGCUGAUUUUCCCGUUCCAGACAUCCUUCUAACAUUCCACGAGCCUUUGUUAACUGCCUUUGAAAGUAGGAUCCUCGUCUUUGAGGCUUCCACCUGGCUUUGACCGCAAGGCUUGAUAACUCUUCAUGGGCGGAAUAAGAUCCCUCUCUUAUCAGGGCUGAAAUUUUUUUUUUUUUUUUUUUUUUUUUUGUUUUUUUUUUUUUUUUUUUUUUUUUUUUACGGGUAAGGUAGCUGGCCUCACAGCAACCCUCCUCCUUUAGCCCCAGGGCUUGGGGCGGCCAUGGUGGCGUUUCAGUUGCAAAGACUCCACAAAAAAGUCGCCUUUUCAAAAGUCAUGCCCUUGUCCUCGGGCUGCCGUCAUAAAUUAUUUCUCGUUUGAUGAUUGUGUGUGUUGUCAACGGCGGAAAGAUUGGGCAAAGUGAGCGAUAUUUAACCUAGAUUUUUGUGUAUCAUUUGAAUGCGUGAUUGAUCCUUUAGUUAUGUGUUCUCAAUGUCAUGGUCAUGGCGUCGAUAUGAACAGGGAACCCGGAGUGACGUGGAGUGCAGCUAUUCUAAAUAGGGUAGGCAGCACUUUAAUAAAUUCAAUAGCAACCGUGGAAGGGGGGGGGGGCGUAGGCGUCCAUAAAGUACUAAGAAAGUAGAGUCUAAGAAAGUGUGACACGGGGAUGGUGGUUGAGAAAAGGGGGGGGGGAGUUACUGUGGGACGCCACACAGUUUAGUUUUUUUUUAAUCAUCACGAAUAGAGAACCUGAAAUCGACAGUGAUGUUGAACUUUGUGUUGUGAUGGGUGCAUUCUGACAGUGAUGUUGAACUUUGUGUUGUGAUGGAUGUAUUAUGACAGUGAUGUUGAACUUUCUUCUGUUGUGAUGGAUGCACUCUGACAGUGAUGUUGAACUUUCUUCUGUUGUGAUGGAUGUAUUAUGACAGUGAUGUUGAACUUUGUGUUGUGAUGGGUGUAUUCUGACAGUGAUGUUGAACUUUGUGUUGUGAUGGAUGUAUUCUGACAGUGAUGUUAAACUUUGUGUUGUGAUGGAUGUAUUCUGACAGUGAUGUUAAACUUUGUGUUGUGAUGGAUGUAUUCUGACAGUGAUGUUGAACUUUGUGUUGUGAUGGAUGUAUUCUGACAGUGACGUUGAACUUUGUGUUGUGAUGGAUGUAUUCUGACAGUGAUGUUGAACUUUGUGUUGUGAUGGAUGUAUUCUGACAGUGAUGUUGAACUUUGUGUUGUGAUGGGUGUAUUCUGACAGUGAUGUUGAACUUUGUGUUGUGAUGGAUGUAUUCUGACAGUGAUGUUAAACUUUGUGUUGUGAUGGAUGUAUUCUGACAGUGAUGUUAAACUUUGUGUUGUGAUGGAUGUAUUCUGACAGUGAUGUUGAACUUUGUGUUGUGAUGGAUGUAUUCUGACAGUGACGUUGAACUUUGUGUUGUGAUGGAUGUAUUCUGACAGUGAUGUUGAACUUUGUGUUGUGAUGGAUGUAUUCUGACAGUGAUGUUGAACUUUGUGUUGUGAUGGGUGUAUUCUGACAGUGAUGUUGAACUUUGUGUUGUGAUGGAUGUAUUCUGACAGUGAUGUUAAACUUUGUGUUGUGAUGGAUGUAUUCUGACAGUGAUGUUAAACUUUGUGUUGUGAUGGAUGUAUUCUGACAGUGAUGUUAAACUUUGUGUUGUGAUGGAUGUAUUCUGACAGUGAUGUUAAACUUUGUGUUGUGAUGGAUGUAUUCUGACAGUGAUGUUAAACUUUGUGUUGUGAUGGAUGCACUCUGACAGUGAUGUUAAACUUUGUGUUGUGAUGGAUGUAUUCCGACGUCACUUUUAUAAAUGUCAUUAUAGUUUAACAGUGAAUUGUGUCUUAGAUUAAAUAUUAAUUAGUUUUGAAUUUUUAACACUUUUAUUAGCUCAAAAUUGUAACGUACUUUAGGUUGGGGGAGUGGGGUUGCUGUCGGAGAUUUAUGACAUAUUGUGACAGAGAAGAGGGAGUGGGCAGCUCUGUCCAAAAAAAAAAUAAAUAAUGACGUACUGUAUGGACGGCCUCUGUGACGUACUAUAUGGACGGCCCCUGUGAUGUACUUUAUGGACGGCCCCUGUGACGUACUAUAUGGACGGCCCCUGUGAACUUUUUCAAAACCAUGCUAUGGAGGGUUUAACCAUCGCCGAUUCAUCACUAAAAUGAGUUGGGCAAAAUGCACAGACCUCCCCCCCCCUCCCACUCCCGAGGGGCGUCGGACCUAGGUUGUUGUCUGACUGGCAGCUCACCUCGGUCCAUUUUCAUGUUAUGAUAAAUACGAGAUAGUUCAAGCAUUUCUAGGUUCUAGAUCAGGCCUACACACUACACUACUCACUUCGAGUGGGUCGCGCUCCAAGUCAGAUUUUGAAAAUAAUGUUGCAAGCCAGAAAGUAAUAAGAAUUGGUGGGAAGUUAUUCUAGAAAUUAAAAAGAAUUGGUGGGGAGUUUUUCUGGAAAUUAAAAAGAAUUGGUGGGAAGUUAAUCUAGAAGUAAUAAGAAUUGGUGGGAAGUUAUUCUAGAAAUUAAAAAGAAUUGGUGGGGAGUUUUUCUGGAAAUUAAACAGAAUUUGUGGGAAGUUAUUCUAGAAGUAAUAAGAAUUGGUGGGAAGUUAUUCUAGAAAUUAAAAAGAAUUGGUGGGGAGUUAUUCUAGAAAUUAAAAAUAAUUGGUGGGGAGUUAUUCUAGAAGUAAUAAGAAUUGGUGGGAAGUUAUUCUAGAAAUUAAAAAGAAUUGGUGGGGAGUUGUUCUAGAAAUUAAAAAGAAUUGGUGGGGAGUUAUUCUAGAAAUUAAAAAUAAUUGGUGGGGAGUUAUUCUAGAAGUAAUAAGAAUUGGUGGGAAGUUAUUCUAGAAAUUAAAAAGAAUUGGUGGGGAGUUGUUCUAGAAAUUAAAAAGAAUUGGUGGGGAGUUAUUCUAGAAGUAAUAAGAAUUGUGAAAAGUUAUUCUAGAAAGUAAUAAGAAUUGGUGGGAAAUUAUUCUAGAAGUAAUAGGAAUUGGUGGGAGGUUAUUUUAGAAGUAAUAAGAAUUGGUGGGAAGUUAUUAUAGAAGUAAUAAGAAUUGGUGGGAAGUUAUUCUAGAAUUAAUAAGAAUUGGUGGGAAGUUAUUCUAGAAGUAAUAAGGAUUGGUGGGAAAUUAUUCUAGAAAGUAAUAAGAAUUGGUGGGAAAUUAUUCUAGAAGUAAUAAGAAUUGGUGGGAAGUUAUUCUAGAAAGUAAUAAGAAUUGUAAGAAGUUAUUCUAGAAAGUAAUAACAAUUGGUGGGAAGUUAUUCUAGAAGUAUUAAGAAUUGGUGGGAAGUUAUUCUAGAAAUUAAUAAGAAUUGCUUGGAAGUUAUUCUACAAGUAAUAAGAAUUGCUUGGAAGUUAUUCUAGAAGUAAUAAGAAUUGGUUGGAAGUUAUUCUAGAAGUAAUAAGAAUUGGCUGGAAGUUAUUCUAGAAAGUAAGAAGAAUUGGUGGGAAGUUGUUCUAGAAAGUAAUAAGAAUGAAUAAAUGAUAUAUAUAAAUAGAUGAACACAUUUCAUCUAACAAAUAAUAAAUGACGAGGGACAAAUAUUUAAAUAAAAUCAAUUUUGACCAUAAUUUCUUUCAUAAUGUUAUACAUCUUUUUAAAAAAACAACUAUUUAUAAAUCUGCGAUGUACAAUUUUUGUUUAAACGGAUGGGACAUUAAAAUAUGAAUAUAGUUCAGGGGCGGUGGCGUACGGGAGAAGGGGUGGCACUAAUUGGGAAUAAAGAGCUUGACUUGUCGAUUGAAAUAUCUGCAGUGCAGAAACUUAGGCUCGGCUUGUACGUUCAUUUAGAUUUUAGAGCAUCACAUUUGGUUUAGGAGUCUCAACUCAGCUGGCUUGAAGAACCACAUUGGUUUAGGAGUCUCAACUCUUGUGGCUUGCAGGGCCACAUUAGUUUAGGAGUCUCAACUCAGCUGGCUCGCAGGGCCACAUUAGUUUAGGAGUCUCAACUCAGCUGGCUUGGUUUAAGAGUCUCAACUCAGCUGCCUUGAAGAACCACAUUGGUUUAGGAGUCUCAACUCAGCUGACUUGAAGGGCCACAUGAGAAUAACGGUUAUCGGAAAUUUGUUUGAAAGGAAUUCCGUCGACGGAAAAUUGAUCGACGGACGUUAGGAGUAACGGAAAUUCGAUUGAAUUUUAUUUUCAGUUCGCACGAUCAAAUUUGGCGUCAAAUUUCUUUUUGAAUGCACCGCGCUAUAUAGUAAAACAAAAUAAUAAAGCCCUGUGCUGCAGCAAGGGUGCAAGUCUUCUGAUGCUUGUGCGCUCAGCAAUGUGUUCAACUGACAAACAAAUCAUUAGAUGAAUGCUUUUUCUAAGAACGUAUCUUCAGUGCAGUACAGGAUUAACUUUAGCUUCCAGGGCGUUUCAUUCUUAAAAUUUAAUUUCUACUUUCUUUCAGAUGUGUGUAUUACCCUGAAUGUUGAGGCCCGUCAAUCACAAUACGUGCGCAACGCCACUAGACUUGGAUGUGACAGGUUUCCACUCAUCAUCGAGCCAAACUGUUGAUGCGUUGGUUGCCAUUCAAAGUAAGCCAACGCUUUUUAAAAAACCGGUAGUGGUAUUUAAAAUAUUUUUUUUUUUAAACGUUAACAAUGCGUUCAUUAAAAAUAUAGAGUUUGAAAUAGUUCAGAUCAACCAAAAAAAAAUUUAAACAACAAACAAUUGUUCAAAAAACACUUGCGCCAACAAACACUUGUGCCAACAAACACUUGUACCAAAAAAAAAGCACUUGUAACAACAAACAAUUGUACCAACUAGCACCUACUCCAUGCAACAAACAUUUGUACCAAUAAACAAUAUUACCAACAAACAAUUGUACGAAUAUACACGUGUACCAACAAACACUUGUACCAACAAACAAUUACACCAACAAACAAUUGUACCAACAAGCAAUUACGCCAACAAACAAUUGUACCAACAAGCAAUUACGCCAACAAACAAUUGUACCGACAAACACUUACACCAACAAACACUUGCAUUAACAAACAGGUGUGUCACAAGUUGACUUUCCAGAAAGAUAGGAAGCUUUUGAUUCUACGUGCACAAGAAUUUUCAUUGGCUUGGACGGCCAAAGGGGGUGACCGCCCCGGGCUAAACUUUUGUGGGGUGGGCAUAAAUCAUAUAAAUUGUGUGUGUGUGUAUUGGGAGCUCACUUUUGGAGCUUUGCUCCGGGCGACAUUGAGUCUUGAUUAAUAUAAUAGUCACCCCCGAAACAAUUCAACCCAUUUACCCGAGUUGAACCGUCACGCAAGACUUUCCUUUUUCUUUUCACUCAGUACUAAUAAUAUAAACAUGUUGAGCGUGGAGGGGGGGGGGGUGUUAUGGUGAAAAGGAAGCAGCCACACCAGAAGAAAAAUAGAUAUAAGUGAUCUUAUUAAUCGAGGCUACUAAUUAAGUCUUAUUUUCUAUCCCACUUUAAAUGCUGAAAGACAGGAUGCCGUGAUCAAGACAAGGGUUGUUUUUGAUUAUUUGGUCACAGAGACUGAGUUCAAGAAUCCGGAUGAUGAUCAUCAAAUUCACCCCGCGCAUCCCAUCAGGCUACAGAAUACAGUCUCUGAACCAGAGGAAGCCGGUCAUUGUUCUGCUCUUCGUGGUGACGCUUGCCGCCAUCUUCAUGGUCACGCUUCCGGUGAAGGAGACGUUCUUUCCAUACCCGCUGUGGAAAGAUGUGAGCACCUACCAGAUCAUCAAGAUGCACCUCUCUGCACGCCCUACAAACACGAAUCGUGCCUGGGCGUGUCCUAACGUGAGCGAGGCGGGUGUUAGAAAAAUGGACUUGGAUCUUAGCCAAGUGAGUUGUUGUUGUUUUUUUAAUUAUAGUUAUCUAACUUUUUGUAGUAUUGUCUUUUCUGAUUCUGAUAGGCUACGUUGCUGCAACCAUGUACUGGCAUAUGUGCAACGGUUUGGGAAACGAUGCGGCUAUCCUAACGGCUCCUACCGGGUGCCAGGGCAGCCUUGAAACGGUCGAUUGAUGUCGAGUGCACGGCGGCAUUGUCCAGUUGGUUCCAAGCAAUUAUUGUUCGUGAGAAGAAUGAUUGUUUAUAUUGAACUGUGUUACAUCAAGGCACAGUUAAGCGUUUAUCAUUGUUCCGGAUGUAACCGCCCAUGGAGUUGUCAGAGGUGAAGUCAAUGUUUAUUGAGCGCUUGACUCUGAUUAAGCGACCUGGAUUCUGCGGAAUUAGAUACGUGUUAGCUGGAAUGGCCGGCACCAGCCCCGUGACCACUUUAUAGAGAAAUGUUAAACAGAGCUUUUCUCGUCUGUCUUUGAGGGAGAGGAUGUCAAAUCUUUUUAAGAGGUCAGUGACAAAGCCAGGAGUGGUGGAUUUGUAUUCACCUGCGAUGAAGCGCACUGCUUUGCGUUGUAUUCGCUCCAUCUUGUCCACGUCUUGCUUUAGGUAUGGGUCCCAGAUGAUCGCACCAUAUUCUAGUAUAGCAGCAGGGGACGGACGAUUGCGAGAUAAGCAUUUCGUUUGCAGAUGUUGGGCAGUUGUGCAGAUUUCUUUGAAUGAAACCAAGUGUGGAGUUGGAUUUUUUUUAAAAAAUUUGUUCAUAUGGGGUGACCAUUUCAGAUUAUUAGAGAAAAGAAUUCCAAGAUAUGGAUUAUUUGACACUUGAUGGUGAAUGGUUAUGUUUAGAGAGUACAUAUAGGUUGAUGUUUUUUUUCUUUCUUGAGGUGCUCAUUGUGUAGCAUUUAGUUUUGUUAAAUUUCAUGCCCCAUUUGUCCGCCGAUCUCAUAAGGCACUUCAAAUCUGCUUCGAGGCGGUUGUAGUUAUCGUAGCCAUUUAUCCUCUCUGUAGACAAGACAGUCAUCUGAAAACAGCCUCACUUGAGUUUUUUACUGUAUCAGGGAGAUCGUUUAUACGACAGAGAAAGAGAAGGGGGCCCAACACUGUACCCUGAGGAACUCCUGAGUCUACAGUGGCUUUGCUUGAUCGGACGCCAUCCACCACUACUUGCAUGGUCCUUUGUGUUAGGAUGUUGAGAGCCAGGACUGAGGGUUGCCGGUAAUGCCGUAGUGGUAGAGCUUAUGUAGAAGAAGGCUGUGUGGAACAGCGUCGAAGGCCUUGGAGAAGUCGAGAAUCGCCUAUGUCGAUCUGUUUACUUUUGUCGUAGGAGGAAAGGAGGUCACUGGUGGUGAUGAUUAAUUGAGUUUCUGUUGAGAAUCCAGAGCGGAAACCGUGGUUUAGGUUGGUCAAAAUGUUGUAGUGUUCAAGGUGGUUCAUGAUGUGACGAUAGAUGAUGUGUUCAGGAUUUUGCAUGGAACGGAGGUCAGGGAUAUUGGGCGGUAGUUUGCUGGGUUAUGACGUCACCUUUCUGGUAGGCACUAGUGAUGUUUGCAUCAAGCCUGCACAUCGAAUGCUGUAUCCGAUUAGAUUCAUUAUACGGGUAACCACAUAUAUAAUCUUUCUUUCUCUGCGCGUAUAUAUUUCGCUUCGCACAAUUAUAUUAAAAUAAUACCUACAAUUUUGGUAAGCUGCACGCUCACUAAUUUAAGUCACGAGCCUCCAUUUCAUGGGGGAAGGGGGGGCGUCCAUUAAUUUCGUCAACAAAUUAGUGGGGAGGGGUUUGGAAAUGUUUGACAGGUGUUGACAAAGGGGGAGGGGAGAGGGUUUUGAUUAAUUGACGUCAACAAUAUUUUUUUUUCUAUUAAAAUUUUAAUCUUAAAAAUUUACUGGCUCCUACAUUAUUUUAAACAAUACAAUGAGUGUAAAUAGUCAUAUUUCAUAUAUCUUUAGGUUUUUAACAAUUAAAUGAGUUAUUUAAUUUAAUGUGUGUCUGUGCACUGCAUUUGGCUGGUCAGAAUGCUAUCACACUUUGUUAGUGCAAGAGAAAUCAAAAGAUGGCAUCUCUUCACCUGUCAUUUUUCUCUCAAUCCGCUCCCAAGAAUGAUUAACACAUCAAUGUAAACGGUGUUCAAUUUAAAAAAAAAAAAAAACAACUCAUCGGUGCUCAAUAACAACGAUACCAACUCAAAGACAGGGAGAGCUUAUGGCAAUUAUUGCUCACACCGACAAUAUUUCCAUUUUUAAGUGCUGAAUGGUUAGAUACGGAUGAUGUUGACUUGUCUGGUAUAUCAGUUCAGCAAGAUGAAAAUGAUAAAUUAGCUACCGUGGACUAUACCCAUCAGGGGCGUCAUUUCAAGUUUUUUUCAGGCGAGGGUAGGGGGGACAAAACCAAAACUUGAUCGGCUUGUCAAGUUUUUAAGUGAAUGGCAAUUUAAAUAAGACCAGCAAAAAUCAGGGGGGAGGGGCAAAUGGCCCCUGCCUUACCCAAAUGAUGUCCCUGAUGCCCAUUGUUACGAUACUAUAAUUGUCAGCUAUAGUGACAAUAAGCAUAUUUAUACUUCCACAAACAAUGAUAUUUAGUCCAUAACAACGUUUUAAUUGAUUCUGCAUUAUAAAAUUUAAGUGUAAAAUCUUUUUAACUUGUUGAUUAACAAGCUAAACAUGUAAUAAAUUUUUUUCCCUACAAUUUUUAUGUGUUUUUUAAAUAGAUCAGCUCAAAGUAAAAUGUAUUCAUAAAUUUAUUUAUAUUAUUUUUUUUUUUGGGGGGGGGGGUACAAAAUGUUGACAUAAUUAAAUAGGGGGGUCAUCGAAAGUUUGACAGUUGUUGACAAGGGGGGGGGGUCAAAAAUUGCGUAAAAAUUGUUGACGUAAUUAAUGGACGACCCCUUGGGGAUGUUUCACCAUUCACCUUAUUAUUAAUUAAUUUAUUACUAUUCUAUAAAAAUGUAACUAACAAUGUGCUGUAAAAAUGUAACAAUGUUCUGUAAAAAUGUAAUAAUGUGCUGAUUGUGCUAUACAAUAGUGUAAUUUUGCUGAAAAAUGUAACUAUGGGCUAUAAAUUAUAAAAUGUAACAACAAGGUGCUGUAAAACUUUUAAGAUUUGCUGUACUAUAAUAUCUUUAUGAACUGCUACAAAACUGUCACUGUCAAUACUGUCAUUGAACUCACUGUCAACAGAUUCAGUUUUAUGAUGACGUGGAAGAAAAACUCAAGCAACUUAGUGAAAAGGAGAAAUGGAAAACAGGGUUUGCGCCUGCUCUCAGUCGUGAUGAUAAGGUUAGCUUAGCAUAAAUGCAUCAUUUUGACGAAAAAUUUCCAAAUUUGACUUACACUGUACACUUAAAUAGUAGAAACUAAACUGAUUGCAUUCUCUCCCUUUGCCUUUAGUUACCAUAGAAACAUAGUUAAUAGGUCACAAUCAACCUUACACACCAGACAGCACUCUGUACUCCCUCCCGGCUUCUUGCAAUUUAAAGAAAAAAAAUAAAUCAUGGCAUUAUAUAAAUAUAGGUUAUAAAUUAUGAUACAAUUUAUGUGUUUUCAUGUUAAAAUAAUUAAAAGAAGAUAUUUAUUUUAAAAGACUGCAUUAAGUUUUAAUAUAAAAUUUUAAGACUUAAAAUUGCUCUUUGAAAACAUAUAAUAAUAUUUAAAUUAUUAUAUAAAUAAAAUAUAAAUAUCGUUUUGUGCAGAUCAACCCUAUGGACUAUGGAUAGUCUAAAUAUAAAUAUAUUUUGCAACAGAUCGAAAUUUUGUUUUCCAAUCUGAAAUAAUAAGUUUAUUUUCCCUACAGAUCAGUCUGCUUCAUGUCUAUGCCGUAUUUAAGCAUGCCUUGGACAGAGCCAGGCUAGGUCAUAUAUUGCUGCAUGGUUCAGCCAUUGGGGCAUGGCGACACCAAGGUAUCACACCAUGGGAUGAUGAUAUCGACGUUGGUAUCAAUGUCGAUGAUUGGAUGGAGGUUAAAAAGGCUCUGUCGUGCAUCAGUGGAUUUACUCUGGAUGCAAGCACAAACUCCAAGUGGUCCUUUUUCAAAAGGUAAGACUAGUAAGUAAGAGCAUUAUCACUAAUAUUAUUUAAAACUAAUAAAUUUUAAUAAUUUUUUAUACAUUUUUAUGCAUAAAACCACGCAUUAUUUAAAAAAAGAAAUCUGUUAACACAUAUUUUACUUUAAUAAUGCCUUGUCAAACAUGUCAAAUGUGUAAACAAUAAUAUUAAUAUUAAAAAAUUAAACUAAAGACUUUUACUAGGAGCAUCAAUUGCAUAUUCUUACGAUGCAACACUGAUCCAAAGAUUGUUUCACUUAACGUAAAAUCUAGAUAGACAAAUGUAUUUACUAUUUUUAAUUAUAAUAAAUAAUUAUGUCAAUUUUUUAAGAAAAAAGCCCCACUACAAACUUCAACUGAACAUAGCUAAGUUAAUUGACACAUUUAUUUUUUUUUUAAAUGCUCAUCAGACAUUGGCGCACAAUCACAAUAGUUUUAUCCUUUGCUAUUUUGUUGUUUUUUUUAAAAACUACGGCUUCACAAUUUAAAAAUACAGCCAUGUGCUCUAAAUAUUUGAAUGCGUGUAUAACAAAUUAAAAUUUAAAAAAUGAUAUUCAUUUUUUUUUUCUGCUUCCUCAGUGACGGUCAUGUAAUUCCAGACAAUGCCAAAAAGCUGUGGCCAUUUUUAGACAUUUUCCUGUACACACAGGAUGAGCGCUAUGUCUGGGCACUCAACUAUGUCCACCUCACGAAAUUUGUCUUUUUAAAAGAUGAUAUGUUUCCUGCACAGCUUCUGCCUUUUGAAUCUUUACUGGUUUGUUAAAUAGAUCAAACUCCUAAUAUCACCUUUUUACAGCAACAAUGAAAAGUUUUUUUUGUUUUACAACUCUGAAAUAUAACCUCUGUAUGUCCCUGGCAAAAAUAUAUAUCAUAAUUUUUGUUAAUUAAAUUCUAGUAUUUUUAAAAAUUCAUAUUAAAUAUUUAGAAAUGCAAUGUUAAAAUAAAAAGGAACUUUAAAAAAAAAAAUGUGUAUGGAUAUCAGUCAUAUGUUUUCAUAAGUAAUCUAACAGAGUCGAUUUAUCUGACAGGUUCCGGUUCCACGAAAUUUACGCAAAGUCUUGAACCAAGAAUACAUUGACCCUGAUUACUGUGCCAGCCACAACACCAAUCACAAGACUGGUGCAUAUGAAACAACUGUAAAAGUGCCAUGUUCUGAUAUUAGCGAUCUCUACAAAAUGAAUUUCAGUCCAUACUGAAAUUGUGAUGAUGUGAUAGUCUCUGGUAACUAACGUAUUUGGAGCUUAGUUCAAUGUCUCAUGCUAAAUGCUGGUUCAACACACAAUGGCAAUGAAUCCCAAGGUGGAAAAUCUUACGGACCUCCAGGCAUCUUUUAGCAGAAAUAGAAUGUAAUCAAUCUUUUAGGGUUCUGUUUUCAAAACAGUUUUUUCUGGACCCAAUGUGUUCUGAACCCCAUCUUUUCAAUGAAGAAAAGAGAAUACAUUUUAAAAAUUGAUUUUUAAAACUAUUUCAAGGAUCUAUUUGAACAAAGACUGAACAAAUAGUGUAGGUCUGUAACCUAUAGGUUAUAUAAAAAGAUAUUUUAAAAAAUAAUUCUUCUGCAUAAAUAUCUUA